AUGGCAACCGAAGAAGAACUCGACAUGCACGUGCGAGUCACAGCGCCAAGUGUCGCUUUCCUACCUGAGACCGAAACAUCCAAGGCUGUAGUCCAUGACCUUCACCAUAGUGACUUGCUUCCUGUGUAUGGCUAUGUCUCCCAUGAAUAUCUGAUGACCGGCGUUGCCGUUGCCCACUCGUACUGCACGCGUCUCCUCCUUCGUUGCCCUGCGGAUCCUAACAAAUUUGCCGGUCUUGUCAUCGUGGAACCAUCUCACCUAUGGGGUGGAACAACUAUGUGGCGUAUCAUUGAGCGGUGGCUGAUGCGCAGUGGACAUGCCUGGCUGGAAGUUGACUCGCAAGCUCCUGCGGCAAUUGACCAGAUCAAAAACGCUGAUCCCGAACGCUACAAAGAGAUGCACUUUAUCCCCUGCCAGACCUUGCAGGAGUUUUCUAACAAAAUAUCCGCUUUCGUUAAAGAGGAAGAGCUCUGGAAUGAUUACAGAAUCUUCAAGGAGAGAUGGUGGGCCGCAACUUUGCAGUCGCCGGAGAUACUUGUUGCUACAUCACAUGCUUUGAGAUCGGGACAGAUGGGUAUCAAGGCCGAGCGCGUCAUACUAACUGGUCUUUGCCAGACUGCAGACUUGAUCAGAAAAUUCAUCGUCGAGUCUGCUCAUCUCCGACUUCCUGAUGGAUCUGCCCCGUUUGAGGGGUUCAUGCCAUGCCAAUCCGAGGGUGGCAAUUCACUUCCAGACUUUCGCGGUGCAAAGAUCAUUGAGGUUCUAGGUGAAUUCGAAGUCAAUGCUAUCAAGAUAUUCUACGGGAAGUUCGGGGCUGAAAGGGCCCCCCACCGCCGUGCUGAUAGCAGGUCAUUCCGGCUCUACGAAGUUUCCGGCAUGUCUCAUCGCGAGACCCGAUACCUCUCCAUGACCGACAAAAAGCGUUUGUCGACUGUUGAUCUCGAAGGUGCCCAGUGGAGUACUUUCGCCAGUUCUUUCGUUUACCAUGCUCUCUUCGAUGCUAUGAACAAAUGGACUACGACCGGUGUUGCUCCCCCGCGUGGUACCACAAUUGAUAUCGACAAAUUCGGCGAGAUUGAGCGCGAUGAGUACGGAAACGCGCUUGCUGGAGUCAGAACUGUUCAUACGGAUGUGCCUACUGGCAAAAUCAUUGAUUUUACCCCUCAGCCAGGUCCGAAUUGGCAUAUUGGCACUGAAAUGCCUUUCAAAGAUGUCAAAAUGUGGGCUGUCUACAAAACGGUAGCCAACUAUCGACGCCAGGCGGGUGAAGCUGUCGAUCGACAGAUUGAAGCGGGAUUCUUGCUGCCGGAAGACGCUGAGGUCCUGCGUCGCGAUACCAUUGAGCAAGUCUCCUUUUAA